AUGGACGUAUACGCUAACAAGGAGGAUAUAUUCGUUCAACCCGACGGCAAUGCCAACGAUCCCCCUAUUGAUAAAGAUAGCCACAAUGCCUUUAAUCCUGCAUUAUAUCUCACCUGUGGUCCCCUCCUCCGCUUCACAGGACUCGUCCACAACACCUGGCGAGGAAGCAUCCUAAUCGUAACCGACGAUGAACAAUCAACUUACACCCCAGUUCCCUCACUCACCCUCUCCAAAACAACCACACCAGACUUAUUUAAAAUUGACGCUGUACAAAUCCAUACAGAGCGGGGCAUGACGUUCUGGCGCUUCGAUAUGCUUAUUCCUCAGGAUACGGGUGCGAUGCAGAUAUCAUAUCGGAUUAAUCGGAGUCCGUGUGCACAGUAUUUUUGGAUCCCGGCGGUUAUGGAGAAUAUGCAUGUUAUGUUUCAUAGCUGUAAUGGAUUUUCGGUGGGUGUUGAUACCGGGUUGUUUUCGGGGCCUGAUCCGCUUUGGCGUGACGUUUUGCGAAAACACACCAGCGCCAGUCUCAGCGAUGAGAACCCUAACACCACGGCCAACAACAACAGCAAAAACAAUGGCAGGCCAUUCCACCUAAUGCUCGGUGGCGGCGACCAACUCUACACAGACGAAUCCCGCCUCUCCUCCCCAAAUUUCUCGCGUUGGACAGAAACAGCCUCCCUCGCCAAACUGCGCUCGCAAUUCACAAACACCAUGCGCGACGAGCUCGAAUCUUUUUUCCUCCAGAGAUACAGCUGGUGGUACUCACAGGGCCUAUUCAGUGUAGCAGCAGCUCACAUCCCCAGCAUAAACAUCUGGGACGACCACGACAUCAUCGACGGGUACGGGAGCUACCCGCACCGAACCAUGGAGUCUGAUGUUUUCAAGGGAUUGGGUGGUGUUGCGUGGCGGUACUACAUGCUGUUCCAGCAUCAUGUCGGGGGAGGGGAUACCGCCGAAACCGGGGGGAAUGAUGGGAGUUGGGUGAUAGGGGGAAGCACGGGGCCCUAUAUUGCGCAGGUUAGUCGGAGUGUGUUUGUGCGGCUGGGGCCUGAGGUUAUGUUUUUGGGGUUGGAUUGUCGAACUGAGCGGACACGUUCCCGUAUCGUAUAUCGGGAGACGUAUAAUGCUGUGUUUGAGAGGUUGAGGAGGGAGGUUACAUCGGAUACGAAGCAUCUCCUCGUCCUUUUAGGAGUACCUAUAAUCUACCCCCGCCUCUCCAUUCUCGAAACCCUCUUCUCAAGCCGCCUAAUGAGCCCCCUCAAAGCCCUCGGCCGCAUCGGCCUCGUCUCCUCAGCCCUCUUCAACAAAUUCGACGGCAGCAUCGAAAUCCUCGACGACCUAGACGACCACUGGACAACACGCCACCACCGCACCGAGCGGCAAUUUCUCCUCGAAGCGCUGCAAAAACUCGCCGUCGAGAAAAACAUCCGCGUCACAUUCCUAAGCGGAGAUGUACACUUAGGUGCAGUGGGCGAAUUCUUCACGCCCUCGGAUGAGCCUAGUCCCAGGAAGGAGGGAGAUGGACGGUAUAUGGCGUGUGUGAUAUCGAGUGCGAUUACGAAUCGGCCGCCGGCCGGGAAGGUGGCGGAUAUUUUGAAUCGGGUUGAUCGCGGGAGGACACAUUAUAUUGGGAGGAGGACAGGGGAGAAGAUGGUGGGUGUUUUUGGGGAGGAUGUUGAUGGGAGAGCGAGGAGAAAUAAGCAUUUGUUGCCGAGGAGGAAUUAUUGCGAGAUUAGUGAUACUGGGACUGAGGGUGUGGGUGUGGGCGUGAAUGGGAUUGGGGAGAAGACUGGGGAAGGAGAAGGAGGGCUGGAUAUUCAACUGCAUUUUGAGAUGGAUACAGGUGAUCCGGCCGGUUGGACGAAAGCGUAUAAUUUACAUAUUCCUGAGUUUCGAGGGAAUGACUAG